UAUGAGUGGGGCGCGAGCUGCACGGCACCGAGCACGCGCGCACUAGGAGCAGCAGAGCGGCACCGAGCACAGUCCCAGACGGGGACAGCGACACACCGGGCUCCGCUGCUUGAUACCGACCGCGGUUAAAGUACGAAAACCACCUUUGCCUUUUGACCUGACUUUCAUUAUCCAAAAGUGCGUUUAGCGGGAAGUUUGCUACGGUCAGUAACGUCAGCGGCCAGCGCAGCACGGCAGCCGGCGACGGGAGACGAGCAUCAGCGUAAACUUCACCGCAUAUUCACUCCUGGCGUCUUUUCUCUAAUUUAAACGCUUGGUUUCAAACUACGUUAGUUCGUUUCUGUUUCUGGUGUUGACGUCGGUGGAGUCGUUAAAAAACCUUACAACUUUGCAUAAAAACUAAAGUAGCCAAAGGUUUUAUCAGAGGAGGGAAAAAAAGGAAAGAAGAAGAAGAAGAAGAAGAAGAAGUGGAUGGAUUUUCAGCUAUGGAUGUGACAGUUUACCCGCCGCCUCCUCAGCCUCUGGCCGCGUCAGACCACACGAGGCUGGGGCAACACUCGUACCCCGAGCCGGCGUACGGGACCCCCAAGCUGGAAGGGGACACCAUGUUCCUGGGUAUGGCAGAAGCAGGCCUUGACUUUGCCUCAACAAAUCAGUUUCGUGUGCCACACUCUUCUCACCCCCCCAGCAAGGUGACGUCACCAAACCCACCCUCUCAGCACUGGAGGAGAGACACGCACAUGGCAGAGACACACCGUGUACCUUGGUCAUACUCAGCAGGUGGUUUGGGCGAUGACGACUUCAACAUCCCCCCCAUCACCCCCCCAAACCUGCCAGACCACAUGCUGUCCCCUCAUCUCUCCCACAACUCCCAGUCUGGACCGUACCACACUCUGGACCCAGCUCCCAGCUCAGUUCGCCACCACCCCUACCAGCUGCAGGGCAUGGGUCUGCCUGGUAGCCAAGAUGGAGCUGCUAUGCUGAACCAAAAUGGCAGCGCAUUUAGCCCAGACAGUGGCCCAAUGACCAGUACACUCUCUGUGAUGCAGCAGAUGGUGAACUCUGAUUCCCGGUUCACAAGCAGUCAACAGCCAAUUGAAGCAGCACUUGGACCAAGAAGCCAGUCAGGCAUGAGUCAGCAGAACCAGCUAUCCGUCAUUCACCAAUCCCAGCUGGGUCCGAACGGAAACUCUGUUACCCACAAUUCACCGUCACCUCCUGGGAGUAAAUCUGCCACGCCAUCUCCCUCCAGUUCAGCACACGAAGAUGAGAAUGACGAUGGACUCAGGCAUAUUAUUGGAGCAGAGAAGCGGUCGGCAGCAGUGGACAUCUCCAAGAAACCCAAAACACCAAAGAAGAAGAAGCGAAAAGAUCCCAAUGAACCAGUGAAGCCUGUGUCUGCCUACGCUUUGUUCUUCAGGGACACCCAGGCCAACAUCAAGGCCCAGAACCCCAAUGCCACCUUCGGGGAGGUGUCAAAGAUUGUGGCCUCAAUGUGGGAUGGGCUAGGAGAGGAAGAGAAACAGGUAUACAAGAAGAAGACAGAAACAGCUAAGAAAGAGUAUCUGAAACAACUGGCUGCGUACAGAGCCAGCCUGGUCUCACAGAGCUACAAUGACCCAUCUGAAAUGAAGGCACCCCACUCCUCCUCCUCUUCUUCCUCUUCCUCCUCUGCCUCCAUGUUUUCUCCCAAACCUCCCGUCUACCCCGGUCACCCAGGCCAGCACCCUUCCUCUCACACCCUCCCUCCUCAGCAUCUGGGGAUGUACAUGCCGUACCCCCACCUCUCACAUCCUUCCCAUGCCUCAAGCCCUGGCCUUGCCUCCCACCUGUCUCCACCCCAAGCCCAGAUCCAUCCCCAGCUCCAGGGUCUGUCUUCUAGGGGGACUGUGCCACAGACCAGCGUCCCUCACCAGGGAGCCCUGUCUCUCGGCAGCAUGGUGGCAGCGUCCACGCCUCCUCUACAGGUCAGCCCUCCACUCCACAGCCAGGCACAUCUGGGAGGACUGCACAGUCCACACCACCCGCACCAGCAGCUCAGUGGACACUCACUGGGAAUGACACACUCCUCUGCUAUCACACAGGGCUACCAUCCAUCUCUUCAGUCUGAGUACCAGCCAGUGGGCGGAGGGAUGCUUAACGGCGGAGCAGUGAUGUCAUCAUCGGUGGACUACCACCAACUAGGUCGGCAGACUCCAAACCAUCACCCUUCUCUGGACUGGACCACUGACUACCAUGGCAAUGUAAGUCUCCAGAGAGACAAACCUCUGUAUCUGAGCUAAUCUCCCCUCACCUCAGACCUCCGCCAAGCCCUUGCACUGCCACACCAUGGAAACGUCCAGCCCCACUUUACAUGAGCCAAGUCAGAGUCCAACCUUAAUCCAAGGAUGAGUCAGCAACACUGUUUUCGGACGAAAUGUCAGGCAGUUCAAUAACGGAACAUUUUAGUACAUUCAUACUCUGUCUGUGCUAAGACACAUCAGAACAGUGUUAUGAACUUAGUGGCUGUAUCUUUUAUACUGAUAAUUUUAUGAAUUAAUGAAGAUUAAAUUGGUUGAGUACUAUGGGGAGGUACUGUGCUGUAACAGGGGCCAACAGGUGUAUAUACUUCACAAUUAAUAUUCCUCGCAAUGUUCCUGUGACCCAACAUUUUAUCUGUAAAGAUGGUGUUCACCAUCGUUUCUAGGAGGCUCUUAGAGCAAGUGUAAAUUGCUGUAAUAUAACUGUUUGAACUGUGGAAAGAUUUUUUUUUCGUUGACCUGAUUAUUGCUGUAUCCGUCUUCAACCAAAGCCAGAAGAACACAGCUCGCAAUGAGGGUUAAUAACCAAAAACAACUUAUCGUUUCCCUGCUCCUUUUUUAAUUCUGUGAUGAUAAGCUUUGUUUUGUUUUUAGUGUGAACUGAGGCCCAGAGUUCUGAGCAGACACUUAUGAAGGAAAAGGUGGAACAAUAAACCAGGCAGUGUGUGGGAAUCGUUAUUUACGAUUUCACCGUUCUUACUCAUGAUGCUCAGAUUUACAGGAAAAAGAUAAAAAGCUAUUUAGUCAUUGAAAUAAUGAAAUGAAACAAUUCUUCAAAAAAGACAAAAACAGACCUUUGUACAAUGACAGCUCCUCCUUGCGUUAUGUCUUGAUAAUAUUGAUUUGGAUCCAAACUGUGUGUGUGAGUGUGUGAUGUGUUAAUGAGUGGCUGCUUGGGUUGCACGGUCUCUGUCAUCACCUCUUCUUCUCUGUGCUCAGAGGCUAUUUAAGAAACUAUAACUGUUGCUAGAUUGUCUGAAUGUUUUUUUUAAUCAACUUGAGUUUUGUUUUAGUGUCGAUGAUGGGAGACGUCGCUCCCCUGGCUCUGCAUCUCUUUAUAUUAAUGUGUGUUUUGGCUGAUAAAAAGACGGGGCAACAACAACCAUGAAGAUUUUCUUAUUUUUAGAUUCUAAUAAUGUGUUUGAGAAUAAAGUCAGCGCUGCAUUGAUGUGCAGUCAUUACCCCAAAAA